UCAGAGACAAAGGCGUUGUUUGUUUAUCAUUAACUAAUUUCCAAAUUUAUUUUAAAAAAUAUUCAUCGUAAAUUCGUAGAUUUAGAAAAAUUGAAAAUGUCCAAACAUAAUCCAAACUCUGGUAUUCAAACAUACAAAGUUGUUGUAGUUGGAGGAGGAGGUGUCGGAAAAUCUGCCAUUACAAUUCAAUUCAUACAGAGCUAUUUUGUAACAGAUUAUGAUCCGACGAUAGAAGACUCCUACACAAAACAAUGUGUAAUUGAUGAUGUCACUGCUCGAUUAGACAUUUUAGAUACAGCUGGUCAAGAAGAAUUUAGUGCCAUGAGAGAACAAUAUAUGCGUUCUGGUGAAGGAUUUUUAUUAGUUUUUUCUUUGAUAGAUCAUUCCAGCUUUGAUGAAAUACCAAAAUUUCAAAAACAAAUAUUACGUGUUAAAGAUCGUGAUGAAUUUCCAAUGUUAAUGGUUGGCAACAAAUCUGAUUUGGAUCGUCAAAGACAAGUUUCUUUAGAUGAAGCACAAAAUAUGAGUCGAUCAUUAGGUAUACCAUACAUCGAAUGUAGUGCCAAACUCAGAAUAAAUGUAGAUCAAGCAUUUCAUGAAUUAAUAAGAGUAAUAAGACGUUUCCAGGUAGCUGAACGACCGUAUAUUGAAGAAGGUUAUGGAAAAAAAUCAAAAAAUAAAUGCUGCCUUUUUUAAAGACUAAAAAAUUUGUAUUUGCAUUAUGCAUAUUUAAAAGUAAAAGAAAAACGAAAAUCGAAAACGAAGAGGCGUUAUAUUAACAUUAGGCUAUUGUAUAAUAUAUUAAUAAAAAAAAAAAAUAUUUAAAUGUAUACAUUUACAAAACUAACAAGUAGGUGAAAUCAAAUAACCGAUUUAACUUUAUUCAAUAAAAACCAAAACCCAUACAAAUUUACCAACGAUAAAGUCAAAUUAUGAUUAAAACAUUCUUAAGAAAAAAACAAAAAAAUGUAGAAAUAUGAAAGGAAUUGUAUAUUUUUAUUUUGAUCUAUAUAAAUUCAAAAAAUAAUUUACAAAUAUGCAACGUAAACAAACAUUGCAUUAUAUAAUAAGAUAAAAUAUCACAGGAAUAUUUUAUUUUAUAAAUAUAUAUAUAUAAAAUAUUCCGUACAUGAAUAAUGCACAAUAUUAUAUUUAGAACUGUUAUAGAACACAAGAACAUAGUUUAGGCAAAAGACAUUUUUUUACUUUUCUAUAUUUUUUUAUAUAAUAUACCUAUAGGAUACAGGUACCAGUUGCUACAUUAUUCGUGAAACCAAGUUUUUUUCUUUUUUUUUUUUGUAUAAUUUCGGAAAAAAAAUCCGUACAAUACUUUUAUUCUCGAUUAUAUAAACAUAUUUGAAAUUUUUUUUUUAAUUUGCAAAGAGUGUUUUAUUUUCUUUAUUCAUAAUUUCCUUAUUUAUUUAUUUAGUAUUUAUUAAAUUUUUUAAAUGAAAUUCCAUACUGAUACUAACAUUGAAUUUUAAUAAUGAAAUUGUACAGAAUUUGGAAUAUUAAUUUAACAAAUAAAAUAUUACAUACAAUAUAUUUUAUUAAAAUCAAAUAUUUUAAUAAAAAUAUCGCACAAAUUUUUCUUUUAACUAACUCUGGUUGUAAAAUAGCUGAUAUAAUUAGCUUAUAUAUUGUGUUCAUAAUAUAAAAUAAUAGAAAAAUUUUACUAAAACUGGACGCACAAAUUAAUUUUUUUUAAACAAUCUCAAAUGGGAAUAUUAAUUAUGCUUAUUAAUUUUUUAAAUGAAUGAAAGUAUUUUAAGAAAAGAAAAUUAAAUUCAAGAUCAUUUCAUAUAUUUGAAUUGGAUUUAAUUUAAUUGAAUUUUUAUUUUCUGAAUAAUUUUUUCGUUCAUUAAUAAAAUUAUGUACCUAUAUGGGUUUUUAAUUUAUUAAAAAAAAUAAUAUUUUGUAUUAUGUGUAUUUAUACUAACAAGCAUUUAUAAAAAAAAAAAUUUUUUUAUUAUAAUUUUUUGUAAGCAAUGUAGAUAAUAAAACAACAAUCAUUUAAUGAUAUCAAUAAUAAUUGUGCCUAAAUAACAUUAUAUAAUAUCGA